UAUGAAUCCAUCCUAUCAAAAAUAAUUAAUAGCCAGCGCUCAAAAGGUCCCAUAGUUUUCGAAGCAAGCUCAUUCCCUUAUUAUGGUGGUAUGCGUGGCCAAAUCUUGCAAGUGGUUAGAACCAAAGAUGGAAACGACAAUACGUUUAUCAUAGCUCCAGCUGUCCCUCAGGUCAGCGUAGUACCAGUUUUAACAAAGAAAGCCAUGUCCACAGGUAAUGGUCAAUCUCAGGACAUAGCUUCUGCGACCACCGCUUUCGAAAAGGAUUUUAACCGAAUACAAAUAGCUGCGGCCCGUUUGGUCGCUAUACAAGAGACUGCAAAACGUAAGGGAUCUUUCAGCAAUGAAGAUAAUCGGAUCUACGCCGAAAGUUUACUGGAAUUAGGGCAUGCGGCACAGAACCUGGCCAAUUUGCAGCAAAGUGGCCAGAUUAAAGAUUUCAGUUUACUCCUUCAACCC